AAAAGAGGCUCCGAAAUAUAUUUAGCAAAAUUAUAACACGAUUUGAUGAUACACAUCAACUAAGAGGCGGCACUUCAUUAAACAUCAAAGCGAAUUGCGUCCAACCGCAAAACGUGCAACAGCAACACCACAGCAGCAACAGCAACAGCAACAGCAGCACAUUAAAGUGCCAUUGAAAAAAUGUUGGCAAUGCCCACGCUAAUGAUGCCUGCAACAGCACAGAUGACGCUCAGCAGUCAGCCGUUGUCGGUGGGCGCCAAGCCCUAUGAGACUAAGCUGCUGGCCAUACACCAGACACACCUGCAGCAGCAGCAGCAACAGGCGCCAGCUCAGCAGCAGCAGCAGGCGCAGCAUCAGGUUAAUGUGAAGCAGCAACAGCAGUCUUCUCAGCAAAUGUCCAUUGUUACCACUCAGCAGCAGCAGCAUCAUCCACAGUCCCAGUCGCCGCAUCAGCAGCAGUCGCAGCAUCAAGCGGUUGCUGCAGCCGCUGCAGCUGCAGCAGCAGCCGCUCAUCAUCAGCAGCAGCAACAAGCUGCUGUCGCCGCGGCCGUUUGUGCCGCCCAGCAGCAGGCGGUGGCCGUUCAACAACAGCAGCAGCAACAACAGCAGCAGCAGCAGCAAUACCAAAUCCACUCGCAACAGCAGUCGCCGCAGCAGGUGCUCAGCGUUUCGCCCAAGCAGGAACAAUUCCACAUCUUUGUGGGUGACUUAAGUUCAGAAAUUGAAACUCAGCAGUUGCGCGAAGCAUUCACACCUUUCGGCGAAAUCUCCGAUUGCCGUGUGGUGCGUGAUCCACAAACAUUGAAAUCGAAGGGCUACGGUUUUGUGUCUUUCAUUAAGAAAUCGGAAGCUGAGAGCGCCAUUACGGCCAUGAACGGGCAGUGGCUUGGCUCCCGCUCAAUUCGCACGAAUUGGGCCACACGGAAACCGCCGGCGAGUAAAGAGAAUGUCAAGCCGUUGACUUUCGAUGAGGUCUACAACCAGAGCAGUCCCUCCAAUUGCACCGUUUAUGUGGGCGGCGUUAACAGCGCCCUCACCGCACUCAGCGAGGAGGUGCUACAGAAAACAUUUGCGCCCUACGGCGCGAUACAGGAAAUACGCGUCUUCAAGGACAAGGGCUACGCAUUCGUGCGCUUCUCCACCAAGGAGGCCGCCACUCAUGCCAUCGUCGGUGUGCACAACACCGAAAUCAAUGCACAGCCUGUUAAGUGCUCCUGGGGCAAGGAGAGCGGCGACCCAAACAAUUCCCAGACUAUGGCCAGCCAGGCUUUAAACAGCGCCGCUGCCGCUGGCUUUCCGUAUGGCGUGAGCGCUGCUGCUGCCGCCGCUGCCGCUUAUGGGCAGCAGUUGGCCGCCACUGGGUGCUGGUAUUCGCCGACGCCCACCUAUCCGGCCUCGUCGGCCACCGCAGCCGCUGUAACACCUGCUGCAGCGGCCGCCAGCGCUGCGGCUGUACAGAAUCAGUUCCUGCAGGGCAUCCAAGGCUACCAUUUCAGCCAGUACGGAGGCUAUCAGCAGGGCUACAUGGGAAUGGGCGUGCAGAUACCAGCCACUUGGCAAGGCGUCACCCAGGCCCAGAUCUCGCCGGCCCAACAGUUGGCAACGGGUGUUGCAGGCACUGCUAUACCACAGGCCGCCGGCGUGGUUGCUUAUCCGAUACAGCAGUUCCAAGUGAGCCCACAGUUGCCAGAAGAUGAAUGGUUAGCUGCAAAUUUAUUGUGUUAGAACAAACAAAAACCAGAUACAAAUUAUGUAAAGAUACAUAGAUACAGAUGAAACCCAUGUGUUCCACAAGUCUAUAGAACUUGUAAUUUGCUAUAUUUCAUAAACUCUACCCACAAACAUACUCUUAUUUGGAUUUUGUAAAACUCAGUUUAAGUCGAACUCGAGUUGACUCUCAUUUAUUUAUUUGCCGGCCUUAGACUGGAAAUGUUUUUUUUUUCAUAUCGAGUUCACAAAUUUCAUAGCCAUAAAAUGUGGUAGGGAAUAGCAAAUUGCGAGUGUAAAUGGUCUGUGCAAUGUAUGGGAGAGGGAUUAGCUAACACUAAAGGAAACGUCACACAAGUACAUGCAUACCUACAUAGUCGUACAUAUAAUGAAUACAAUCAAAAUAUGCCAUCGAAUGAUAUUAAUUGAUAUUAGCCAUAAUAAAUGCAAAACUGUAAUAAAAUACCUAUACAUAGAAAUUAAAUGAGCGCAUAACCAAUUCGCUUCAGCAAAACAAACCAAAAAUACAAUAAUGCAAAUUCCGAAGAUCCUGUUUAAUUUUAUGCAUGUCCGACAAUGCCCAACAAUUACAACAGAAAUAACAAAACAGCAAUUAGCGCAUCCAGACACACACGAGGUGAACUAGUUAGUGAGCAUAGGAACACACAAACACACACACAUUACUUAAUAGUUGAGAUGCCCCCAUAUAUUGCAUGUAGAACUUUUCGUAUAAGAACUAGCUGAGUCAUCAGAGGGUAAAAAGAGGGUACACUUACAGUGGAACCUGGUGCAGCAUCACCACGCCUCCAACUGGCCAUCCCCAUCUAAGUGUACGUUUGUAUGAAAGGCAUAUAGAAAUCGUAGUUCACUGGAUGUCAAACAAAAGUUAGUUUUAACACACACUUACAAAGAUACACACAUGCAUACAGCUAGAGAUAUUACUGUUUAUGUAGAAAGUAUUAAGAGAGCAAGAAAAUAUGCUUGUAUUGUGUACAUCAAUACAUACACAUAUUUAAAGGUAUACAUACAUACACAUUUAGCAUAGCAAUUUAGUAUACUUAUACAUAUACAUAUAUGCAUACAGACGAGUACAGUAAACUAGGUACGAGUACGCACGGCAAAUGAUAUUCUCGUGUGUGUCCUCCACAUACAUAUAUCUAUGCGUAAAUGUGCGAGUAUGUCUUGGAUGAUAAAUUACAAAUAAAUGUUCAAAAUAAAAACCAAUUAAAAUGAUAACAACAAAACAACAUACAUAUAACAUGUAAUAGAUCAACUAAAAAUAACUGCAGAUGAAUUUUGCUGUUUAAAGGGGCAGCUGGGGGAAAACGGGGGCUUUGAUUUGCAUAUGGCGAGCUUUAUCUUUAUUGUUUCGGCGUAUCUUUAUUUUUGUAUCCAAUUGAUGUGAGUGUGUGCGCAUUGUUUACAAUAUAUUGUGAACACACACGGGCAAAAGUUGGUUGCAUUUUUUCAUCCAGCCGGGAAGUGCAAUGACAGUUAGCGGAGAGGAGGGAGAGGCAAGUAGUAGUACUAGAGUUCAAAAUACAUAAUUGAAUGUUGUGUAUGCAUGUCUAUAGCUAACCGAGCUCACAUACGCAGGAUCGCAAAGUAUAACCUUAACCUUAACCGUAACCGUAACCGUAACCGUAACCGUACCCGUAACCGUAACCGUAAUCGUAACCGUAACCUUAACCGUAACCUAAUCGAACCACGAAACAGACAUAGCUUAAGAAACAAGCGAGUUGUAAUGUACACUAAGAUGUUUUUAGCACUAGAACUAACGAGUAGUAGGACUAUGAGAGGCAUUGCAUGUUUCAACAUGACAAGAAACGAUUUAGACGUAGAUGUGAUUUUAAAAAGGAGCAAGGCAGAGCUUUCGAUUCUGAGAGAUUGAAGCUGAUGCGUUAACUGCAAUUUUGUGUUGUUAUUUGGUUUAUGAAAAAAAGCGACAAAAUAAGAAAUAAAAUGACGAUUUUUGUUAAGUAAACAAUAACUUAGACAGAUACAAAUUUAAAGCAUUGUUGACCAAACCAAUAAAAAAAGUUUAAAAAAUUUGGCUAUAAGAAAAAACAGAACAUUUA